AUGGAGGAGAUUGCCCCCGAGUAUGAUGUUGUGGUGCUCGGCACUGGGUUGACCGAGUGUGUCCUCUCGGGUGUUCUCAGUGUCAAGGGAAACAAGGUGCUUCACAUCGAUCGCAAUGAUCACUAUGGAGGUGAGGCUGCCUCGGUGAACAUUGAAACUCUGUUCAAGAAGUACGGCAACGUCCAGCCCGGCGACGAGCCCUGGAAGAAGUAUGGUCGCGUCAACGACUGGAACAUCGACUUGGUCCCCAAGUUGCUCAUGGCCAACGGAGAGUUGACCAACAUUCUGGUUUCCACCGAUGUUACGAGAUACCUCGAGUUCAAGCAGAUUGCUGGCAGCUACGUCCAGCAAGGCAAGGGUCCCAAGGCCACCGUUGCCAAGGUGCCCUCUGAUGCUGGUGAAGCUCUGCGCUCAUCUCUCAUGGGCAUGUUUGAGAAGCGGAGAGCUAAGAAGUUCCUGGAAUGGGUUGGUGAAUUCAAGGAGGAUGACCCCUCCACCCACCAGGGUCUGAACAUCCACAACUGCACAAUGAAGGAAGUGUACGACAAGUUCGGACUGGAGGCCAACACCUGUGACUUUGUUGGUCACUCCAUGGCCCUGUACUCAUCCGAUGAGUACAUCCACAAGCCGGGUAUGGCUGUCGAGACCAUCAACCGCAUCCGUCUGUACGUGAACUCGAUGGCACGCUACGGAAAGUCCCCCUACAUCUACCCUCUCUACGGUCUGGGCGAGCUUCCCCAGGGUUUCGCUCGUCUGUCCGCUAUCUACGGAGGUACCUACAUGCUCAACACCUCUGUUGACGACGUUCUCUACGACGAGAGCGGCAAGGUUUCCGGCAUCAAGGCUACCAUGAAGGACCGUGACAACGAGGCCGAGUCCAUGACUUUCUCCACCAAGACCAAGAAGAUUCUCGCAGACCCCUCAUACUUCCCCGGAAAGGCCAGAGUCACCGGCUACCUGCUGAAGGCCAUUUGCAUCCUGAACCACCCCAUCGACAAGACCGACAGCAGCGACUCGCUGCAGCUGAUCAUCCCCCAGUCGCAGGUCGGCAGAAAGCACGAUAUCUACAUCGCCAUGGUGUCGUCGGCUCACAACGUCUGCCCCAAGGGCUACUACAUUGCCAUCGUCUCCACCAUUGCCGAGACGGAUGCCAACCACCACCUGGAGCUGGAGCCUGGGUUCGAGCGCCUGGGUAAGAUUGAGGAGAAGUUCAUGGGUGCUCCUAUUCCUCUGUAUGAGCCUAUCGAGAGCGGUGAGAAGGACAACAUCUUCAUCUCCAAGAGCUACGACCCUUCGUCCCACUUUGAGACCACAACCGACGAUGUGCGGGACAUCUACCGUCGCGCGACGGGCGAGGAGUUGGUUGUUGAGGGUCUCCGGGAGGGCCAGAAGCUUGCGGAGGAGUAA